AUGAUUGAAAAACUUGUAUCGGGAGCAAUCGCUAUGUUGACGGUGCUUUACACUCUGUGUUGUUGCCUUUUACCGAAGCCCAUUACGGGAAUACCCUACAACAAAGAAGCCAUAUGGUCGCUAUUGGGUGACUCACCGGGAAAUAUUUUCGGCUGGAUCAUCCACCAGUCCCGUCGUCAUGGGCCAAUUUUCCAACUCUGGCUAGGCCCGUGCCAGAAGCCAACCGUCAUCAUCACAGACUUUCGUGAAGCACAAGAUAUCCUCAUGCGCCGGAAAGAACUUGAAGGCGCUUCGGUAUUUGGGAGCGUUCUAGGUGGCGAGGCGCGAUCGUUUCAUAUCACAAUGUCGACAGGCCCACGAUGGAAGGCCCGGCGUCGUUUACUCCAAGAUCUGAUGGCACCUAAAUCUCUUCACAAGGUCGCAAUCCCAAAUAUUUACAGAAGCGCAACUCUACUUCUCGAUCUCUGGAAGAACAAAGCAGAAGCCGUACAUUUUCCUAUUGCCACCGUCCACCCUGCCCUUGAUGCUGUGUUACAUACUAUAGAUAAUGUCCAGUUGGUGGCUGCGACUGGGUUCCCUCGACUUGCAUGGCUAAUUUUUGAACUUCUUCCACACAUCCGCCGUAGAAGGAAAGUACGAGACGAGUUGAUUGUAAACCAGGUUUUGCACGCGUUGGAUCGAUUCAACACCCUUAGCAAGCAACACGACGACGAUACGCAUGUCUCCAACUACUCGCUUGCUACCCGUUGCACUUAUAUCAUUGGGUUUGUUGUUGCUGGCCAUGAUAAAACGAGCACGACGAUGCGCUGGAUUUUCAAGUUUAUAUCAGAUAACCCUGAUGUUCAAAAGAAACUUUUCGAAAGCCUUCGCAGUUUCCAUGCAGCUGCUGUCACUGAGGAUCACCUCCCCACUCACAGCGAGAUAUGUAACGCAAGCAUACCAUAUCUGGACGCCGUUGUCGAGGAAUCGCUGCCUCUUAGCCACACCGCAAUCUUUCAGGAUCGGGAAUGCACAGAGGAUGCCAUUAUCCUAGGCCACUACAUUCCGAAAGGCCCCAGCUUCACAGAGCCAGGACUGGAUAUCGAAGAAAGUAUCCGCAGUCCGACAUGCCAAGCGGCAGCCCAAGAAUACGGAUUUCGAGCCUGGGAUGAGAAGGGAAUGGACGAGUUUUAUCCUGAGCGUUGGCUUAUGCUGGAUGAUAAUGGCAGAGCGGAGUUCAAUUCGGUAGUAGGGCCAACUCUCCCGUUUAGCCUUGGUCUUCGAGGAUGUUUCGGAAGAAAGCUGGCGUGUUUGGAACUCAAAAUGCUGACAACUCUUUUGGUUUGGAAUUUUGAGCUUCAAUGCUCACCGGAGGGGUUAUCAAGCUAUGAGAGCUUAGAGGGGCUAACACGCAAACCUUCGUAA